UGCUUAAAGGCGUCGCAGACUCUGUGAACCUCUUCAGCCUACUUCACGCCGGACAGGUAAAGGAAGAAUAAUAAAAAGUUUGAUGGAUAUAAUGCAUAAUACAUAUGCCCUGCAGUUUGAGAACAACGGGAAGAUAUUGGAUUAAGAUCGUUUCCAGGGGGAACAGAGAGCGUGCAUGAUAUUAAAGAAGAUGAGGAGAAAACAACAACAACAACAUCUGAGACUUCCCAACGGGAUGUUUGCAGUUUCGACAAAUGAACACUAUGCCUUGGUUUAAUAACAACUAAAAUGGUCCGAUCUGACUUUACAUUUGUGCGACCUAAAGUUUGCUCUAUUAUGGGAGAAACAGUGUGUUAUGCUUCACCUGGUUUUUGAAUCAUCCGGUGGGACUAACAUUUUUCGGUUGGAUCCUAAUAACCAUGUCAAAAGUAAUUCAGAAGAAAAACCACUGGAUCACCAAAGUUCAUGAGUUCGCGGUGAGCCGGGACGCUUGUGAGCAGCUGAAUUUGGAGCUGUUUGGUGGAGCAGAAAACGGAGAGUUUCCGUACAUCGGAAAAGUCAAAGAGGAUGUGGUGGUUUAUAAAAACGGCCAGUUGUCCGAGGGAGAAUUAUUGCUGGAAGUUGAGGGUCUGCCAGUGUCUGGGUUGCCCCUGUAUGACAUAAUGACUGUGAUAAGGAGUUGCAAGGGUCCCAUAAGGUUGAAAUCUGUCAGACAAGGUCACAAGCUAAACAAAGACCUGAAGCAUUACCUGAGCCUGAGGUUCCAGAAGUCCUCUCCAGACCAUGAGCUUCAGCAGACCAUCCGGGCCAACCUGUACCGCCAUGCUGUGCCUUGUACGACACGCCCCCCUCGAGACGGAGAGGUCCCUGGGGUGGACUACAACUUCCUGUCUGUGGACGACUUCCUGGAUCUGGAGCAGAGGGGCACACUACUGGAGAUAGGAACAUAUGAAGGUAACUAUUAUGGGACCCCCAAGCCGCCAAGGCAGCCCGUCAUUGGGACAGUGAUUCUCAGUGAUGCUGGCUCCCAGCAAUCCACCCCCAAGCGCACCAAGUCCUACAAUGACAUGCAAAACGCCAGAGUAGUGCCUGCUGACGACCAGGAUGACGACCAGGCCACGGAAAUGAACAACAGUUUUACAGGAUCCUUAGUGCGUAGUUUUUUCCCCUCUCCCUUGUUGUGCACAGGUAACCCUAGUGACCAGGACGAGAGCCGCGGCGGCAUCCUCCGGCCGUACCCCGCGCGCGAGAACGCUCCGUCCUACGGUCUGAACAACGCGGCUGCCUCCACCUCAGACAGCGGUCAGCAGACACAUGCUCAGCCCCAGGCCUCCCCAGAGGACCCCCUGGGCCCCCUGCCAGACAACUGGGAGAUGGCCUACACUGAGAAUGGAGAAGUCUACUUCAUAGACCACAACACUAAGACCACAUCGUGGAUGGAUCCUCGCUGCUUGGACAAGUCCUCCAAACCUCUGGAAGAGUGUGAGGAUGAUGAAGAAGGGGUACACACUGAAGAGCUGGACACCGAGCUAGAGCUGCCUCCAGGAUGGGAGAAGAUAGAUGACCCAGUAUAUGGGGUCUACUAUGUUGAUCACAUCAACAGGAAGACCCAGUACGAGAACCCCGUGGUGGAGGCCAAGCGCAGGAAGCAGCUGGAGCACCAGCAGCAGCAGCCGCAGCCUCCUGAAGGUGAGCGGUACAUUCGAGAGUGGAUAGAGGAGCACUCCUCUGCUGGUGGACCCUUGGCCAACUACGCAACCAAUCACCUGGAGACCUACCGCGACCCCCAGGUCCCACCCCCUCUGCCCCCUGGUCCUGGAGGGCCCAAACGAGGGAAGCCGUUCUUCACGAGGAACCCAGCGGAGCUGAAGGGGACCUUCAUCAACACCAAGCUGAAGAAGAGCCGCCGCGGGUUCGGUUUCACCGUCGUCGGGGGCGACGAGCCAGAUGAGUUCCUGCAGAUCAAGAGCCUGGUCUUGGAUGGGCCUGCUGCCGUGGAUGGCAAGAUGGAGACAGGUGAUGUCAUUGUGAGUGUGAACGACACCAUCGUGCUCGGCUACACCCACGCGCAGGUGGUGAAGAUCUUCCAGUCCAUCCCCAUCGGCUCCAUGGUGGACCUGGCCCUGUGCCGCGGCUACCCCCUGCCCUUUGACCCUGACGACCCCAACACUAGCCUGGUCACCUCCGUGGCCAUCGUGGACAAGGAGCCCAUCAUCGUCAACGGCCAGGAGAGCUACGACUCGCCCUCCAGCCACGGCAGCCAGAGCGGCGGCCCCAUCAACGGCAUGAGGGAGCCCCGCCCCCACAGCCCCUCAGCCGAGGUGGCCUCCAACGGCUCGCACGGCUACAGCAGCGACGUGGUGACCCUGGCCUCUUCCAUCGCCACCCAGCCAGAGCUCAUCACCGUCCACAUGGAGAAGGGAGACAAGGGCUUCGGCUUCACCAUAGCCGACAGCCUGACAGGCGGGGGGCAGAGGGUGAAGCAGAUAGUGGACUACCCCCGCUGCCGAGGCCUGAAGGAGGGGGACAUUCUGAUGGAGGUCAACAAGAGGAAUGUCCAGAACAUGAGCCACAACCAGGUGGUGGACCUGCUUAGCAAGUGUCCCCGAGGCAGCGAGGUCACCAUGCUGGUGCAGAGAGGAGUGGUGCCGGCCAAGAGGAGUCCUAAGCUGGUGCAGCAGCUGGAGAGGAAGGACAGCCAGAACAGUUCCCAGCACAGUGUGUGCAGCCAUCGCAGCACCCACACCGACUCCCCCAGCCACCCUCCCUCCACCAUGCCCAGCGAGGCGGGGGGACCCACUCCGGCUGCUCCUACCCAGCCCCUGCCGGGCCUGCCCCCCCAGGACCCCGCAGACGGCACCCUCACCCUUCAGAAGAAACCAGACCCCUUCAAGAUCUGGGCCCAGUCUAGGAGCAUGUACGAAAGCAGAUUGCCAGACUGCCAGGAGCAGGACAUCUUCCUGUGGCGGAAGGAUACAGGUUUUGGAUUCCGCAUCUUGGGAGGAAAUGAGCCCGGGGAGCCGAUCUACAUCGGGCACAUAGUGAAGUAUGGCGCUGCGGACGAGGAUGGCCGCCUGCGCUCGGGGGACGAGCUCAUCUGUGUGGACGGCACGGCCGUGGUGGGCAAGUCUCACCAGCUGGUGGUGCAGCUGAUGCAGCAGGCCGCCAAGCAGGGCCACGUCAACCUCACCGUCCGACGCAAAGGCUCCGGAUUUGGAGGGUCUAAAGGGGAGGGUGAGGUGCCGCCGUCCCCGGCCUCCUCCCACCACAGCAGCACCCAGGCCCCCUCCCUGACAGAAGGCAAGCGGACCCCCCAGGGCAGCCAGAACUCCCUCAACACCGUGAGCUCCGGCAGCGGCUCCACCAGCGGCAUCGGCAGCGGGGGAGGCGGCGGCAGUGGCAGCGCCGUGGUGCCCGCGGCCCUGCAGCCGUACGAUGUGGAGAUCCAGCGCGGCGAGAACGAGGGCUUCGGCUUCGUCAUCGUGUCCUCUGUCUCCAGGCCUGACGCUGGCACAACGUUCGCUGGAAAUGCAUGUGUGGCCAUGCCCCACAAAAUAGGGCGCAUCAUCGAGGGGAGCCCGGCGGACCGCUGUGGGAAGCUGAAGGUGGGAGACCGCAUCCUGGCUGUCAACGGCUGCUCCAUCACCAACAAGUCCCACUCGGACAUCGUCAACCUGAUCAAGGAGGCCGGGAACACCGUCUCUCUGAGGAUCAUCCCCGGUGACGAGUCUUCCAAUGCCUCUCUGCUGACCAAUGCUGAGAAGAUUGCCACCAUCACUACAACGCACACUCCACAAACUGCCACUGAAUCUCGGAACAACUCCAAGUCGAAACAGGCUCCUCCACCUCCACCCACACAAGCUCAGCCUUCACAGGAUGCAUUCUACUCUGUGGAUCUGGAGCGGGACAGUAAAGGUUUUGGCUUCAGUCUGAGAGGAGGACGGGAGUACAGCAUGGACCUGUACGUGUUGAGGCUGGCCGAGGACGGGGCAGCUGUCAGGAACGGCAAGAUGAGGGUCGGAGACGAGAUCCUGGAGAUCAACGGUGAGAGCACAAAGAAUAUGAAGCAUGCACGUGCCAUUGAGCUCAUCAAGAAAGGGGGCAGACGGGCACGCCUGGUCCUGAAGAGGGGUGAUGGAUCUGUACCUGAAUAUGACGGCAGCAAUGACGGGCACUCUCCCACACCCGGGGCACAAAACACUGCGGAAGUGAGAACUCUGCCACCAAACAGCCGAUAUCACACCUCAUCGGAGUUCAGUUAUCCACCAGACCUUCACAAACCAUCACGCCAGGAGGAAUCUGCGCGGGGCAGAGACAGGGAUGGGGCUGGGACAGCCAGGAUGGACCAGCAGAGCCGGCACUUUACCCCCCACCACCAUCACACCUGGAACAACAACCACAGCCACAGCCACACCACCCCCAGGCAGCACUCCCCAGACAACAGCCCCAGCAACAGCGGUGGGAGCAAGAAGACCCGUGGACGCAAAGUCAAGAAGUCUGAGUCUGAGAGCGGCAUCUCCAAGCUCCUCAAGACUUUGAGGAAGGACAGCUCUGGGAAGAAGGCUGCAGCCGCAGCCGAGAAGGAGAGGGAGAGGGGCCGAGAGCUCUCCGCCAGCUCUACUCUGGACCACAGGUUUGGUCGACCACGUCGCGGUUCUCUCGACCGCUCCCCCACCCGCAAGCGCAACUCCUCCCCAGACCGCCGGCGUGCCAAGUCCAUGGACCGCAGGGCAGAACGAGCGCAGCGUGACCGCACGCCCGAGAGGGAUUGCGACGAUGGCGGUUUCCUCAGUCACGCCGCCACGCCAGAGCGACCAUACCAUGAGCGCAGACUCCUCAGAGAGCCUCCAACGCCGGGCCGAGUCUUCAGGGAGGCCGCCACACCAGAGCGCCCCAACAACGGUGACGCCCUGUCCCUCUCCAGGGGUCGCACGCCCGAAAGAAGCCUGAAGAACGGCAACCUCCUGAGAGACUCUUCUUCCGAGAGGGAGAGCAGGGACGGGAGGUAUGGGGUGAAUGGGACGCCAGAGAGACAAUACAGGAUGGAGAGGGACUCAUCCCCUGACAGCAGCUACAGCAGGGAGGAUGUGAACUACGCAGCAGCGCCCAGACUUAAGGACUACUACAGCAUGAUGAAGAACAACGCAGGCCAGAACAACGCAGGCCAGAACAACGCAGCCUACAACAACGCAGCACACAACAAUGCAGUAGGCCCAAACCAACUGCCGGAGCCCAAGAGAAGGCUGUACAAAGAGAGCCCCAAGGACCUCAGCAUCUGAAACAGAGCGGAGGCUGAACUGUGCUGAGCCCCCCUCUCCACUCAGUCCUCCAUCUCUGGAGACUAUUAUGUACCAUACACUGGACUUGGACUUCUGAGGAGCUACCGAACUCAUGUGAUUUAGUUUGAUCGAUUGGUUGAUUGAUUGAUUGAUGAUUUGACUUCUUGUGAUCCCAGCCAGAGAUUCAUACAACAGCAGCAGUACAAUCUUUGUUUCUGUUCAUACUUUUUGUAUUUUUGUUUGUGUUCUAUAGUUAAUUUGAGCAUAACAGAGGUUGUCGUACUCUAGUGAAAGUAUGUGUACGUGCCUAUAUCAUAUCACAACUGAUGUUUUUGCUUUUUCUGUAGGCAACUCUGACUCCACAUAUUUGUUCCCUCAGAGGUUUGAGAAAUGCUUCCAACUGUGGUCACUGGUACUUCAUUUUUAGGCUUGUUUUAAACUUGUUUUAGAUGUUGUUUUCCACCCUUGACUUGCCCUCUAAGGCAGACGUAUAGCACAAAAUACAGGUAGCAGAAAGCUUAAGAAUGGCUGCAGUGUUUACAUACUGUACCUAGGUGAAUAUUGUCCUGGAAGAAGGCAAAACAAACAUUUUAAAGUAAAGAAAUAUAAUAUAUGACUUCAUCUUCUUUUGCAUGUGCUCUUUAUUUAUUUUGUAAUUGGCACAUACCAUAAGCAAGCUCUUUGCAAGCUUGGAAGGCCAACAAAUUCCACCACAUCCUCAAAUUUAAUUUCCUCAACUGCUGUUUCAGAAAACUGUAGUCUUACCUCCCCCUCUGGUCUAAGUUAAAACCUACUCAAUGUCUAGCAACAAAAUGCAGAGCAGAAGAUAAAUGACAGAAAAAUCCUUAAUGAGAAAAACAUUGUUGGGGGUAUUUCUCUCACAGAGUAAAGGAUCAUGAAAACACACAUGCCCACAAUGUUUCAGCUUUCUGUUCCUCUGCACGCCUAGCAAUGAGGCCCUGAGACUGGUAACUGGUAACCUGGUAACUGGUAACCUCCUCGAGUGUCUCAGAUAUAAGGGUUCAGACCUGCCUGCAUGUGGGAGGAAUGAUACAAUGUCAGAUUGGAGCAGCUGAAUGGGCCUCACAGAGGAGAAUACCUGGAACAUGUGUCAGUGCUAACGAAGGUCAAACACCUGUCUGGAGACUGUGAUGUUCCAAUUGAACACCUAAUUAUAGCAACAUGCUCUCAUAAAUUGUUAUCUCUCUUUGUCCAAAUUUGGGCGGCACUUCCUGGGUCCCAAAAGAACGAGGUGAUGUGAUUGUGUAAGGAGGAAUCUUGGUGUUGGUAACAGAUGGAAUGUUCUGGUACAGAGGUCAACCGAUCUGCCAUCCUGAGCCAUGCUGUCAUGCCACUGGAGUCUGACUGCUGCUUUACAAUGUGUUUUUGUGUGUAUCUGUUUUAUGUUUCACUAAACUAAAAAGAUAUUGGAUGAUCCACAACAAAUGCAUUGUUUCAUCACUGUUGUCACCAUGGUACUGUAAAGAAAAAACUGAGAAUUAAAAAAAAGUGAAAAAAUAUGAAGUUAACCUGCCGGCCAUCACUUGUACAGAAUUUUACUAUGUAACUAAUAGGAACCUGUCAAGGAAUAAAAUGUUGCCUUUUUCUUGUACAAAAGAGAAAUUUAUGAGAAACCUCAGCAGUGAGGAAUGUGAUAUUGUGUUUAUAUUUCUGAAAUGGACCUGAUGAUUCAUGGGAAAUAUGUUAAUGUACUCUGAAUCAGGUAUGUAAAGAGGUUCCAAAAUGAAGGACUGUAUUUGGUCAAUCAGAAGCUGUUUGUUGGUUUGAAUAUCUCUCUUGAUGGUUAGCCUGCCUUUGUAUUAUAAAGCACUUGUAUGCAGUCUGUGUUCUUUAAGCAUUAUUUCUUGCAAUGUGCUCCAGACAUAAUGCUGUCUCUGUGUUGAUAAAAGCAGUACAUGUAUAUGGGCCAAUCUUUUUAUAAAACUAUGCAUAUAUAAAUACUACAUUGUUCAUAGCUUUAUUUGACCCAUGAAGCUAUACAUAACAUUAGUCUAAGUACAAGUAGAUGUGGACUUAUCCAGUAAAGCUUCUUUCCUUGAGAUGGAUCACAAUGUAUAUGUAGCUAUCAAAAGAAGUCUGUGAAUGCUAUUUUUAUUAUCAAAUAAAGUUUUCCAUACAAAU